CAGGCCGUCCAUUCUUCUGCAAUAAACUUCAUGUUUCCUCAACCACUUGAUCUGUGUUCUUGGGUAUAACACAAGAUUGGCCAAAAGAAAACAUACGGAAGAGUGUAAGAACACAAAACCAUGGUCAGGAAAUCGUCUCUUUUGGGACUGUGUGGCGUGGCCAUCAUUUGCGCUCAUGCGAGACACCAAAGGUAUCAAGAUGAUUUAUCUGAAGAUCCAUGGUGGUCCAGCUAUCAAAAUUCUGCACCACAAGAGACGCUGGAUCCCAGUCAAGAGGUUACGGAUCGUCAAGACCUCUCGGCCAAUCCAGAGGUGAGCAAUAAAUGGAGGUGCUCAUGGCGAAUAAUUGUGACCCACACUCCAUGGCACUUUUUUACAUUCCAGGCUUUAACCAUUGCCGCCUUGGCAUUGGGUGGACUCGUGGGAUUGGGCGUGGGGACUUUGGGUUUCUCAGAAGCCAAUAACCAACGACAAGAAAUUCGGAGUAAUUUGGCCUCACUCACUGCCGAGCCCUUGGGGUCUUGUGCGACCGAGCAAAUGAUUAUUGCGAGAUUGAACGUAAUAUCGACAUUAUUUACCUUGGGCAACAAUGGACCCAUCCCAAGUGACGAUGAAAUUGAUAGAUAAUUCAAUUCAUUGACCAUACCCUUGUUAGAGAUGAGUUGUAACUAAGUUUUUAUUGAAACUCGUGCUUUACGUAUGUAUACUGUUCGCUAUUGCCUAACUUGUUUGUUAAAUUCUUUCAUUGGGCUGAUCAAAAUUAAAACGUGCACCCAGCCA